UAUCGUGAAUAUUCGCUGCCAGGCAGUGCGUCUCUAUCGAAUAACAACGUGCGAAAGAUCGUCUCCUCCUGGGAGGUAACCGGGUAGCGACUUCGAGGUGACGAACUUUUUCUUUUACUUGUGACAGGAUGUGACAUUUGUGUGUUUUUCGUGUGAUGGGAAAUGACAGCGGCAACUAGAACUAUGUCGCCGAUUCGCAAACGAAACUGCUUUCUAGUCUUCACCCUUUUUAUUCUUUUACCAUUUUGUUUGUUUGUGCUUCUGUCGCAACCAGGAAUAUUCUGAUCAGGAAUUAAGAUGGAUGACUUGAAUAAGAAAUCUUUUCCGUCGUCCCUCAUGAAAGUAAGCCGUGAGAGUACCCGGGACAAUACAAAGAAACUAGUUUCGACAAGUGAAGACGUAAAUGAAACAAUAGAUAUCACAUUCAAGGAAGAAGUAAUUCACAGAACUGAUUCUGAGACUGAUACGAAUAGUGAAAAUGAGCAAGGAUCUGCAAAACGUAGUACACGGGAUAUUUCUGGAAUGAGACGUUACAUUGGAGAUUUUCAAAUAAAGGAUAUGGAAGAUCCCGCCAAAGCUAAACAAUAUUGGUUCAUUUCUCGUAAACGUAUGAAAGAAUAUAGGAAAAAAGUUCGAAUGCUAAGUCAGUACUCUAGAAGACUCAGCAACAAAAUUGCUUACCAAAAAACUCUGCUGGAUAUGGCGAAAGACGAGGACGAAAGCAAUUUGCCUCAUUUGCUUCCUGAGGCAUUGGAAGCGGCGAAAAAGAAGACGAUAUGGGUGAUUAAAAGUGGAGUUUGAUUUUGAAGAAUUGUAGAAUAGUCAUACACAAUACGAAUGUAAAUUUUGAAACAGUGUUUUAAAUAAAUUAAAAAACUUCUAAGAA